AACUUUAAAUUACUUUUAGUGGGAGGCCAGAAGAUGGGGAAGAGCGGCAAGCCAGGCCGGGGAAUUUCUCCAGCUGAGGAAUGCGAGGCCUCUUAUCCCACCAAGCUCAGCGCCCAACAGCUUCUGAUAAAACUCAAGUAACACUGUCAGAAGUGGAGCCCUCGCCCGUUCAUCAGGGACUGGCAGGUGGUUCUUAGAGGGAACUUGAACUGGAGUUUCCCUCAUUUUGUCAACACUGUGGCAUUCUUCACAGCUCUUAAUGGUUUUGAAAUGGAUGAAAUGCAAGUGGAGGGAUGACGGAGGCCGAAGUGCAAAACCCAAGCUGUGUCAGAGAUGGGCUAAGGUGCUCCAGGGAGAAGAUUUCCUGUGUGCAAAUGACCCUGGGCCCUUUGAAGUGCACCCCACUCUGGAAACUCUGGAAACCAGGAUAAAGGAGGAGUGGAACUUCGUGGCCGAGUGCAGAAGGAAGGGCAUCCCCCAGGCUGCGUACUGCAAGAAUGGCUUCAUAGACACCAGCGUGAGGCUUCUGGACAAGAUUGAAAGGAGCUCCCUCGCAAGGCAGAGUGCAAUUUCCAAGGAGAGAGACAAACGGAGCAGUGAGUUUGUGUUUGAACUUACGGGGCAGCACUGGAAGGAGCUCCCAGAUUCCUUGAAGGAGCAGACGCACCUGAAAGAAUGGCACAUAAGCAAUACCCUGAUUCAGAUCAUUCCUAAGUAUAUCGAGCUGUUUCAAGCCAUGAGGAUUCUGGAUCUGCCAAAAAACCAAAUCUCCUGUCUUCCAGCUGAAAUUGGUCAUUUGAAGAACCUGAAGGAACUCAAUGUGCGUUUCAACCAUCUGAAGAGCAUUCCUCCAGAACUGGGAGACUGUGAAAAUCUAGAGAAACUGGAUUGUUCUGGAAAUCUAGAAUUAACUGAGCUCCCCUUUGAAUUAAGUAAUUUGAAGCAAGUUUCAUUCGUAGAUAUCUCAGGAAACAAGUUUUCCAGUGUCCCGAUCUGUGUCCUGCGGAUGUCUAAUUUGCAGUGGUUGGAUAUCAGCAACAAUAACCUGAGUGACCUGCCACAAGACAUAGACAGGCUACGAGAACUGCAGACCUUUCUCCUGUAUAAGAACAAGCUGACCUAUCUUCCCUUUGCCUUGCUUAACUUAAAGAAGCUCACCUUGUUAGUCGUCAGCGGGGACCACUUGGUGGAGCUCCCGACAGCCCUUAGUGACUCAUCCACACCUUUAAAAUUUGUAAGUCUUAUAGACAAUCCUAUUGAGAAUACCCAGUGUCAAGAUGAAACGAUGGAAAGUGAACAAGAUCGCCAACAUUUUGAUAAAGAAUUUAUGAAAGCCUAUAUUGAAGAUCUUAAAGAAAGAGAAUCUGUUCCCAGCUAUGCCACUAAAGUAUCUUUCAGCCUUCAGCUUUGAUGCCAUCCAUCAGAAGACUACAGAAUUUUCCUGACUUGUGGAGCUGUAAAUCUUCCUGUUGUGGGUCAUGUCAUAGAGGAAUAAUGGCUUGUGCUUAAAGACUAAUUCUAGAAACCAUGGUCAUAGUUGUUAGGAAAGAUGAUUUUCAAAUUUCAAAUACGUGAGUACCUCUCUCUGUGGACUGGAGAAUUGAUAAAUGGGUUUAUAUAUUGAUAUUUAAAGGUUCAUUUGCAUACACUUGUUUCCAAAUAAUGCACAUUUAAUAUUUUAGAAAAUGUGUUAUUUUUUAAAAAUUAUCACUUAAAGACCAAAAUUUGAAGUUGAUUGCAUUGUUUUCAGGAAUCUGGAGAUAAAGGGAUGGUGAGAAGAGUAUUUAUACUGGACUAGUCAGAUGAGACUUUAUUUUAUUUUGUUAUUUUGAAAGAGUUUUAAUGCAUUAUUUCUUUUACUGAGGACAGUUUUCCUUGGGUUUAUACAAAUGGCUAUUUUCAUGUUUUAAGUUAUAUUUUACAAGUGUAGGCUUUCAGGAAAGACUUUAGGUAUAAUCUGGACCUUGAGGGCAGAAAGAAGGGCUGGAUUGUCUGCCCAGGCAUGGGGCUUAGAUGGUGUGCUGGUGUCCCUAGUGGAGCAAGUGUGGGCCUGGCUGGUCCUGGGAAGCGUUGCGUGGCCUGCAUGGGUGGUCAGCCUUCCUUGAGUGGGCCCCUUGGGGGUCCUGGGAAGCCUUGCGUGGCUUGCAUGGAUGGUCAGCCUUCCUUGAGUGGGCCCCUUGGGGGUCCUGGGAAGCGUUGCAUGGCCUGCAUGGAUGGUCAGCCUGCCUUGAGUGGGCCCCUUGGGGGUCCUGGGAAGCCUUGCGUGGCCUGCGUGGAUGGUCAGCCUGCCUUGAGUGGGUCCCUUGGGGAUCUUGGGAAGCCUUGCGUGGCCUGCAUGGGUGGUCAGCCUGCCUUGAGUGGGCCCCUUGGGGGUCCUGGGAAGCGUUGCAUGGCCUGCAUGGGUGGUCAGCCUGCCUUGAGUGGGCCCCUUGGGGGUCCUGGGAAGCCUUGCGUGGCCUGCGUGGGUGGUCAGCCUGCCUUGAGUGGGUCCCUUGGGGAUCUUGGGAAGCCUUGCGUGGCCUGCAUGGGUGGUCAGCCUGCCUUGAGUGGGCCCCUUGGGGGUCCUGGGAAGCGUUGCGUGGCCUGCGUGGGUGGUCAGCCUGCCUUGAGUGGGCCCCUUGGGGGUCCUGGGGCGCCUGCCAGAGCACAGAGCAGAGGCCUUGCCUCCAGGGACCUGUCCUCCAAGGUGGCCAUAUAAGUAGUGGGAGUGACUAGUCCACACUGAUGAGGAGUCCCUAGCAAGGCUUCUCUGCAGGUACCACAGGAGAACUCUGCCUGUGGCCAAGACGCUGCAGUCCAGAGGGAGCUCAGGAGACUGGGUUUACACUGGCAAAGAAGGUAUUCAUGACAGGGCUUUGAACUUUGAUAUCACAUUGUAGGAUUUGGAGAAAUUGUACAAAUAUCUAUUUUUAUUCUAUUAUCUUGGACUGAAAUAAACAGGAUUGUGAAUGUGUUGAAGCUAAGUUUAAACAAGUAGGUUUUGUGACUAAGAUGGAAAAAAUGCAUAUCUUCACAUAUAUUUAUAUAUGAAUCAACUGCUAUAUGGUCUAGCCCAGUGGUGUCCAGUAGAACUUUAUGCAGUGAAGGAAAUGUUCUGCAUCUGUGCUGUCUAAUUUAGUAACCACCAGAUGCAUGUGCUUCUUGAGCUCUUGAACAGUGUUUGGUGUGACUGAAGAACUAAAUUUUUAAUUACAUUUAAAUUUAAAUAGCCAAGUGUAGCUACCAUAUUGUACAACAUGGUCGAGCCAUUUGGGUUUUUCAGAAGUUAAUCUGGGCUAGAAAUGAAGAGUGAUUUUUAUUUUCUUAUCGGAAGAACCAGUCUACCCCCAGAGGGGUUAAUAGACACCCAAUAUUUUGUCUUAAUGGGUUUAAUCAUAACUCUAAAUAUUUUAUCCUCAACGGACAUAAAGCAGGCAGAACAGUCUAAAGUCACAUAGUAAUGCUUCAGUAGAGUACUGCUUCAAGUUAAAGACAAACUCUGAGAAGUAGGUUAAGAGAUGGAAAGAGUAGGAAAAUGAGAAAUCACUUUAACUGAACCUCAAACAAUUGUAUUUUUCUUUAUAACACUUUACAAAUAUAAUGCAAAUUUAUUAGUUGUACUACGUAAAUGAUUUUGGAAUUUUAUUUCAUGCUACAGUAUAUGUUAUAUACAGCCAAAUGGAAAAUAUAUCUGAAAAGGGGGGAAAUGAGGGCUUUCGCAUAAAUUGACUGUCCAUAGCUCAUGUAAAAUUUAUUUCAAUAAAACCAGUCUUUUGUGCAAAAACCUUAUCUCGAUGUUAUAUAAAAAUAACUGAAAAAGUACUACAUUGAUAUAUAAUUAUUUUAUGUUACAUAACAUCGCCAAAGAAAUAUAUUUUUUAAAUAUGAGGCUUGUAGAAAUACUAUUUACUUUAUUCAUAUUAAUGUAAAAAUGCAGAAAGACUCUAAAGUAGAAUAAGCAUCUUAGUGGAGAUAAUAGAGAUUUGAACAUUUUGCAUGAUGCAUAUGGACUGAUUCAUAAUUUGGAAAAGUAAUUUGCAUAGUAGAAUAUAUGUAUGAACAUUAAAGCAAUAUUAAUGAAAGAAAAUAUAAUUCUUAGGAGGAAAAUGUUCUGGUUCCAAAAGCUUAUUAUUAUACCCAUUUUUCAUAUGCUGGAAGUUAAGGGGCAAAGACACUUAGGUGAAAUCAUUGAGUAGAGCAUUUUAAUUAAUAGCAAGACCUACACCAGAUUUCUUGACUCUAGCUUUCUAGAAUGACCAUUUGGCAUGCUUGCCAAACACCAGUUUAGGGUAACUCAUGAUGAUUGUGAGCAGUAAUCUCCAGAAAUCAGUUACUGUCUUUCCCUUUCUGUCAAUUACUGUCUUUCCCUUUCUGAGUGGGAAGGAAACUUAGAUACUUUUAGUUAUCUUUUUUUUUUUAUUGGAGUAUAGUCAAUUUACA